AUGACCCUAAUGGCCUUUGGUUAUCCUCUUGUGCUAGCCAUUGCCCUGCUUGUGCUGGCUGGCAAGGUUACCGAAAAUCCAGCUUCAAUGAUCUGGUAUCUGUUGUAUCCGUUUCGCGGGACAACAGAACCUCCAAAGCUUGACGUCAAGCAUCCUCUCCGACAUAACUUCACUCGAUACGGUACCAAUGCUGCAAAGCAUCCAGUCAUUACCCUCCUGAUUUCGCUCGCCGUCGCAUCAAUUCUAAUAUACCCUUUUCCGUUUCUAUACACGAAUAAUUUUACCAAUGGCGCCUCGAAUCUACCCCACCACGUGUGGACAUCCGCGCAACCGUUCGAAGGGGGAGGUAAUACAAGACCAGACGUGGUGAUGCGAUCGAUAUGGGUUCACGGGAGCUAUAUGAAGGCAUUGGAUUCGGACGUGCUCAAGACCGCACUCGAGAUACAGAAUGAGCUUCUAGGGCCGACAACAGAUUUUAAUCCCCGCAGGCCUGUGGAUGAACCGUUGCCGGACCCAAUACCAAUUGACAUGACGGCCGACACGAGGGACAGAUUUCACGCGAUCAAUGGGAUGAGCAAUUCGUCGUGGUUCUUUCACUCGCCGCUACAAUAUUGGUCCUGCGACCAGAAUCGGAUCGAUGGGGAUAAGGAUAUAAUAAAGACCGUGAACGAGGGAGCUAAACAAGCUACCUCGGUCAAUGUUACACUUCGCCAUUCCAUUGUCUUCAGUGGGAAGCGUUUCGAAGACCACAGGCUGGUCGCAGCAGACGCAUUAGUGAUCACCCUGGUCCAUAUGAUCGAUUCUCCUGUUGGGAGGCAGUGGGAGAGAAGAGGAGAAGAGAUCGCACGUCGCGGCUCUGAUAAAUGGAAAAUAAUACCGCCAGACGACACGUCGGCCGCAAGCACCCUGUACGAAUUUCGAUUCCAGCCGCUUUCAAUACAGGACGACCUGUUUCUCGUUUUGAUUUACGCUGUUUUGUCGGCCUACUUUUUCAUCAAUCUUCUCAAGAUGCGAGCCUUGAAGUCCAGACUCGGUUUGAUAUUUGCGGCACUGACCCAGAUUGCGGUUUCGACCAUGUCGAGCUUCACCAUCUGUGCGAUUCUCAAAAUCGACUUGUCCAAGAUUCCGCGGGAGUUUUAUCCACUUGUCAUUGCUGCGCUGGGCACGCAAAAUAUAUGCACUCUAAUCAACACUGUCAUAAUGACACCUUCUGAUCGACCUACCGCCACCAGGAUGGGGGAUGCUUUAGGUCAAAAUGGUCAUGUCGCCCUUGCUAGUCUGGCUCAGAACAUCACCAUUCUAUAUAUGCUGUCAACGGUGGUCUAUCCACCCAUCAGCGCGUUUGCAACCUUCGUAGCUCUUGCUCUGAUUCUAGAUUACUUUUAUCUAUUGACAUUUUUCACAGCUGUACUGAGCAUCGAUGUUAGACGAACCGAGCUUACAGAUUCCUUGAGUCGUAUUCAGACGACUCGAAAUGAUCGAGACUCUCCUGAGCUACAACAAAGAAAGACUUGGUUUGAUGCAAUAUUACGCGGGGAAGCUCCAGCCUCUACCCGAAUAGCAGGGACAAUCUUAAUGAUAGGAUUCGUUGUUAUUGCACAGUGGCAUUUCUUCGAAAACGAGAGCUUGUUUGGGACUGUGCAAAGACUCCUAAAAUUGAUUACUUCUCAAACAUCUUCGCCACGACAAAAUUCCACAGCGCUUCUUUCGGUUGAUAUCAAUCAAGCAAGAACCCCAACCGCCUGGCUACGCUUGCAAGACCACGAAACGGCACAUGAAAUGAUUCAAGUCAUCAAACCAAACGCUAACCGCAUCAUCUCGCGUGUUUACAACCCCGUAAUAUUUGUUCUUAAUGGCGCGGAUAGGAAUGCAACAAGAUUUGGGGUCAGACCGUUUUUACCAGCUGCCUAUGAUUUCGCAAGAAAUCAAUUCGGAGUAUUACUUACAGUAGUGGUGUUUCUACUCGCUGCCGUUUCUUUGAUUAUGAACUGGCUUCUCUGGGACGAAUCUCCAGAUAUUGAUGAUGUGGAGCGACCCGAAGACGAUCCUUUACUUUCUGUCAAAACCUUGAGCCAUGGUCAUUUUCUGGAUAUCGUUCUCAUGAAGGCUUCUAAUGACGGUGUUAUUGCUACUGCUGGAUUGGACCGGUGUAUACAUGUAUGGGAUAUUCGAAAAGGCACUUUCAGCUACAUCGUUCACGAUCCGGAUUCCGAAAUAGAUCCAUUCCCUGUCCUGGCCAUGGCGAUUGAUUCGGACUCAAAUUGGCUAGCUAUACUUUCAGCCAAAGACAAAGUUAUGCUGUGGAACAUCCCAGAAAGGCGGUGGGGUCCUGUUAUGGAUGUCGAGAUGAAGAACCGCACCCCGGCCGCUUUUCUAUUUGGCUACGAUAAAUCAGAGCUUAUUGACCCGCUACUGGUCGCUCGACAUAAUGGUGUCAUGACAGAAUUACACAUGGAAGCAAACGAAAGUAAACAGAUGCGCAUUUGCCAUAGUCCUCUCGUAUGCGUUCGACCACAUUUCGAGAAACCAAGUCCUCAGUAUCCUCAUCCUCCGCCACGGAUUGUCACAUCAUCCAGAAAAGGUUGCGUGCAUGUAGCUUCACAAAUGGACGAAGGAUGGGUGUCAGAAGGGCUUGAAAUUCCAGAAAUUCCAGACGAUAAAGAGAUUCGCUCUAUCGUACCUCUGCCCGCCUUGAGCUCAUUUCUCGCUGUGCGAGAGCAUACUGUUGAUCUCGUAGACAUCUUUACGCACAAGGUUACACACACAUUUCCAACUAAGUCAAUGGCGCCAGACUCAUUGCGAUGUUUCCACUCGACUCGACGCCGGCCACAAUGCGGAUCAGUUGGGCUAGCCUCGUUAGCGCUUGCAUAUACAUGCAUUGAAACAGGAUCAUGCAUUUUGCAGUCGUAUCUUCCCCAGCGUGAUGGCGAUACAAUAUGUUUUCGAGAUCCGUGGACCCCAGGAAGUAAAACUUGUUGUCUUUGGGGGGAGACGGUUGAGAAAACAUUCGAAAUCGAAAAUCCGGGACAAUGGCAAGCACUUCAAGUUGGGUACAUCGUUGGUAUUCGGACACGAGAGGCAGCAGUUAAGGUUACGGAAGCGAUGAACGGUCACACUUCCAUACCAGGCCUUCGUCACCGCGGUGGUCUUCCACGUGCCUUUUCUAAACGUGCGGACAUUCACCCUGUCUCCGAUGAUGACGUUUGGGAGGUUUGGAGCAUCAGUGCGAAAGGUGAAAAAUAUUCUGCUCCUCUGUCGGAUGACAAUUACGGUCGGGGGCAUCUCCUUGUCAGCGGACUUGGACCGAUUGAACGAGUCGGCAAAAGAACGAUUGCGGUGGCUCUCGGUAAUGUUGUGAAAAUAGUCACUAUUGGGAAUGACAAGUUCGACGAUACACGAGAAGAGGCUGAUGAUGCAGCUUUCGUUGGAAUGGCUUCUAGUCGCAAAAAGAAAGCAGGCGCACUAGCUCGAAAGCGAACGACUUGA